UCACCCGCGGGGGACAUAAAUAUUUUUUCUUUCGUCACCGUUCCUCUUCACACCUCUUUCUCUGUGCUUCGCUUUUGUAGAAGGGGUUUUAUAGUAUAUACUGUUCUGCAAAUCCCCAAAACGGAAUGAGAAGAAAAGAAUAGAAUUUUUUUUCUAGGGUUUCGUGUUUAGUUUUUUUUUUUGUUUUACAUUUAGUUUAGCUUAUUGGAUUGUCCGUUCUUCCACAGUUGAAGAUGAUCCCUUCCAUAUCAGAGACCACUUGUGGUUCUCUUCUCCAAGAAUUACAGAGGAUUUGGGAUGAAAUUGGGGAGAGUGACAGCGAGAGGGACAAGAUGCUUCUGCAGCUUGAACAAAUGUGUCUUGAUGUUUACAGAAGGAAGGUUGAACAGACAAGCAAGUAUAAGGCUGAUUUACAUCAAGAAUUGGCCGAGGCGGAGGCUGAAGCUGCGAGCCUCAUCUCUGCACUUGGAGAACGAGCUUCCUUCUCUCUAUCUGAGAAUGCAAGGGGUACUCUUAAAGAUCAGAUAAGUGCCAUAAAACCCGUCUUGGAAGAUUUGAGACGGAAGAAAGGGGAACGGGUAAAGGAUUUUAUGGAGGUUCAGUCGCAGAUUGUUCGAGUCUGUGCAGAAAUGGGUGGUACUGUCCAGCUUGGAAAUUGGGCAAAUUACCAAGUGGAUGAGCGGGACUUGACUGUUAAGAAAUUGGGGAACUUAAAGUCUCAACUUCAGGAACUCCAGACAGAGAAGAGUUUGAGGUUGCAGAAGAUUAAUGGUCAUGUUAACUCUAUCCAUGAGUUGACAGCCGAAAUGUCAAUUGAUUUUCUUAAAACAAUAAACGAGGUUCAUCCAAGCUUGGUUGAUUCUUCAAAUAGUCUAUCAAAGAAUAUUAGCAACGACACCCUUUCUAGAUUGGCUGGAGUAGUUCAUUCGUUACAAGAAGAGAAAAAGAAAAGGCUGCAAAAGCUUCAAGAUUUGGGGAGCACGCUCAUGGAAUUGUGGAAUCUCAUGGACACUCCUGUUGAUGAGCAAAAAAGAUUUGACCAUGUUACUUCUUUGAUUUCUGCCUCCGUCAGUGAUGUCCCAAGGCAAGAAAGUCUUGCCCUUGGUGUCAUUGAGGAGACGGAGGUUGAAGUUGAGAGAUUGAAUAUUCUGAAAACUAGCAAGAUGAAGGAAUUGAUCUUGAAGAAGCAGAAUGAACUUGAAGAAAUCUGCAGGGAGGUUCAUUUGGACGUAGAUAGUGAUUCAGCUCGGCAGAUUCUCAUGAGCCUUAUUGAUUCUGGGAAUGUUGAUCUAUCUGAUUUGCUAGCAAGUAUGGAUAAUCGAGUUGCAAAAGCUAAAGAGCAAGCGCUAACUAGAAAGGAAAUUUUGGAUAAAGUCGAAAAAUGGACAUUUUCUUGUGAGGAGGAAAGUUGGCUUGAUGACUAUGAAAGGGAUCAAAAUCGGUAUAGUGCUGGCAGAGGGGCACAUAAAAAUUUGAAACGUGCAGAGAAAGCACGGAUAUUAGUCGGCAAAAUACCAUCUCUCAUUGAGAAUUUGACAACCAGAGUUAAAGCAUGGGAGGAGGAGAAAGGAAUCAAAUUCAUGUAUGGCAAGGUUCCCUUACUACAGAACUUAGAGGAAUAUAGAGUACUGCGCCAGGAGAGAGAAGAGGAUAAACGAAGAAAUCGGGAACAGAAGCGGUUACAGGAGCAGCUCACUGCAGAACAAGAGGCACUCUUUGGGUCAAAACCAAGCCCAAUGAGGCCACCUAUAUUGAGAAAGCCUUUGGGUCAGAGCACCAACUCGAAUACAAUCAUUGGAACUCCAACAGGUCGCCGAAUGGCAACUCCUUCAGGUCAUCAUGUGAUCUCAGCAGGCAAGGAACGAAAAGACAAUGGCAAGAUUGGUGCUGUAAUUCCUGUGAACUAUGUUGCUCUUCCCAAGGAUGAUUCAGUAUCACAUUGAAGGAGUUAAAAAGAGCCAGGGGUAGGCCUAAAGCGACUCUAGGAGAAGUGGUGAGACAUGCAUAAAUUAGAACAAUUAAUAAGUAUGGUUUAAAUAGAACUGGAGAUAAAAGAUCCAUGUAGCCGACCCCAUUUAGUUGGGAUAAAGCUGAGUUGAGUUAAUUUGAUACCGUGCUUCUUGCUGUAUGUCUGUCAGAAAGCAAUUUGUUUGGACACAAAACGAAGAUUCUGGAUCCAAUUGUCAUUGACCAUCUGAUGAGCUAUGAGCUAAACGGGUGCAAUUGAUAUUCUGGAUUUAAGAAAAAAUUUCUGGUUUGAGUUUUGGACUGUGGGUUACACAAUAAGGAACAGUCCUUGACUUCAUUAGUUCUCUUAGUACGAGGUUUAAACACCUUGCAACUGAGAAUGUCUAACCAAAUUGGUCCAUGUAUGAUGUAUCUACCUCUUUGUUGCAUGGUGACAUUGUGAUUUAAGACUCCAUUCAAUAUUCAAAUCCCUGUUCUCUAGUCA